AUGAAGAACGUAUCAAAAGAUUCUACUAUCGAUGAUGAAUGUCAUGAUGCGAUCGAAAAGUUCUUCGAAGAUCUCUCUGCUGAUGAAACUGCUUUAUUCGAGGCUACAACCCGAUCGCAACAGCUGAUUGAUGACCUUCAAAAUAUCGACAAUAAGCAGAAGGGGAAAAUCUCGAGAAAAAUCGCCCCAAAACUUAAAGCCUUCAUAGCGGGUGUUGAGCAGUACGGUGGAGCUUUGGAUGUUGUCGCAGGUUCAGUCUCGAUGAUGAGUCCUAUUUGGGCAUCUGUGCGAGUUGUUCUCAAGAUUGCUGGCGAGUAUAGCGAAUACUUUGACAAGAUCACGGACAUGUUCGAGGAAAUUGGGUACAUUCUAUCUUGUCUACGUCGGUAUCCACGUUUAUACGUGGAUAACCAAGUCCUUCGCGAUGCCAUGGUAGACAUUUUCCAGUCAAUCAUGCAUUUCUGUUCCCGAGCUCGAGACCUUUUCCACCAAGGAAAGAAAUACCAGACUGGUGUGAGAGCAUUGAAUCCAGUCGGCCUACACGCGGCCUGGAGACUCAUCUGGAAGCCAUUCAAGAUUCAAUUCGGUGAUAUCAUCGAACGUAUCAGAUCCUCUAUGGUUAGAAUAGACCAUGAAGCCGAUGUUGCGGAAAAAGAGCUUGCUAGUAAAGAACGUUCAAAGGCCGAGCAUGAACGCCAGUUGCAGACAUCUCGCUGGGUUUCCCUAGAAUCGCAUCAAAAGUCCGUUGCUCAUUUCAUCGACCAGCAACGAAUUGACUCCGUCAAUCAGUGGCUUUCACCCGUCAACGCAGCCUCCAAUCAUACAUCGGCCACUAAAUUGCGCUACCAGGGAACAGGACACUGGUUUUUAGAUGGUCUGACAUUCCGGCAGUGGGCGUUGACGGAAAACUCCUUCUUGUGGCUGCAUGCGAUUCCAGGCGCGGGGAAAACAAUCUUGGCCUCCACUGUUAUCGAAUGGUUACGCAACCAGAAACAGAGUAGUGAAGUUGCGCUGGCCUACUUCUACUGCGACUACAAGGACAAGCAAAAGCAAUCACCAACCCGGAUCAUCAGCACAUUACUGUCAAUGCUCGCAUCAAGGAAUGAUAGUGUCUUCGAUAGAAUCCAGGCUUUUUUCGAACGGCAGUACAAAGAAAAUCCAGCCUAUGCACCGGAUUUUGACGAGCUUCUAAACAAUUUCAGUCACUUUAUGGGCGAUAGCUUCCAACAGAUCUAUAUUGUGGUUGACGCUUUGGAUGAAAGUGAAGACAGAGAAUGUGUGGCCUACUCCCUGAAGAAAAUAUACGAGACGUGCAAAUUUUCAAGCAUCUUUGUCACUAGUCGUCACGAAAUUGAUAUUGCUCGGACUUAUGAACAACUGCCGAGCGUGACCAUUGAGGCGAUAGAUAUUGCCGGAGAUAUUGAUAUAUACGUGAAGGCCGAGGUGGCGGCGAGACUCAAGGCCCGAAGGUUGAAACUAAGGGACUCCAACCUCGCGGGUAUUAUUUGCGAUACACUAAUCGCAGGAGCACAGGGUAUGUUCCAAUGGGUGAAGUGUCAGAUUGAUCAGCUGUGCAAACUCCGUAACGAUAAGGCCGUGCGCAAUGCCCUUAAUGAUCUCCCAAAGACAUUGCACGAUACGUACACCCGCAUACUACAGAAAGUGGAGUCCAACAAUUCCGAAGACGUUGAAAUAGUGCAACGAUUGCUGAAAUGGUUGGUUUUUGGAGUUCGGAAUCUUACUCUGGACGAGUUGGCCGAGUGUGUGAGCGUUGAUAUCAGCGACCGUGGGGGUUCCUUCGACUUCGAUGCGGUCUUUACUGACGCGGAAGAUGUUGUCGAGCUUUGUGGAAGUCUGGUUACGCUUUCCUCUGACUGUUAUGUGGCCUUGGCCCAUUACACAGUCAAAGAAUUUCUUGUGUCAGAUUUUAUCAGAGAUACCAUGCCGCAAUUCUGGAUUGGGAAUAGCAAUACUCAUACCGAGCUAGCAAGUGUCUGCCUGACCUAUCUGACCUAUGAUGACUUCGCAGGAACCCGGGAAAGGUCCGGAAAAGCCUUGUUACAAACCUUCGAUGAGUACAAGUUUCUUCCAUAUGCCGUCCAAGCAUGGGGCACCCAUGCACACCUUAGCGACGUUAGUGACGAGCUCUUCGAUCUGAUCAUGAGGUUACUUGAAUCUGAUGCCAUGUCUGGUGGCAAUUACCGCACGUGGUGUCAUAUAUUCUUCUAUCUCCAAAAGUCCAGUGGUCAGCGACUGAAGACGUCAAGCAAUUCCCCUCUUUACUUUGCAAGCUUCUUCGGCUUACCCCGGGCCGUCUCCGCUUUGCUGGACAGCAACACUCAAAUCCACAUAGAAGAGCCCAUGAAAGCAAGCGCAAGUGCCGGACAUGAGUCGGUGAUUGAAGUCUUUCUUGACCAGCGUGAAUGGAUAGACACAGGCGUGGUUGAAAAAUGCCUUUACAUGGCCGCCACCCAAGGGCAUGAGCCCGUGGUUAAGCUGCUGCUUGAGAGAGGGGCGGAUGUCAAUACUCGAUCGGGAAGAAACGGCACCCCUCUCCAGGUCGCUACCCUUCAUGGUCGCCAUCAAGUUGUUUCACUUCUUCUUGCCAAUAAGGCAGACUUGAACGUUACCUGCCAGAGGUACGGUGUUCCUCUUGCAGCCGCCGCUGAGAAGGGGCACUUUCAAACAUUUGAAGUUCUCCUCGACCAAGGUGCAAACGUGAAUGGUCGUGGUGGCUGGUACGCGUAUCCUCUCGUCUCCGCAAUUGUUGGUAGGAAUAUGCAGAUGGUUGAUGCCCUGAUUCAGCGGGGAGCCAAUGUGAAUGCUUUGGGUGGUCGACACGGAUGUGCACUGAUGGCAGCCUCGUCUAUGGGGAUGCUAGACCUGAUUUGCUCACUGGUUUCGAAAGGUGCCAGAGUCAAUGACCACAAUGACAAGGGGACUGACAGUCUAUACGCGGCGUGCAUGGCAGGCAAUCUGGAUUCGGUGAAGCUACUCCUAGAGCUUGGGGCUGAUGUCAACGCCAAAGGAGGAAAGCAUCGGAAUGCACUCAAUGCUGCGAGUGCGGGGGGUCACAUAAAAAUCGUUCAAAGCCUCCUCGAUGCCGGUGCGGAUAUAGAAUUCUUCGACGAGCACUAUGGAAAUAGUGUCCAGAUGGCUGCAUCCGCGGGACACGCAGAUGUAUUACGUGUACUGGCGGAGGUAGGCGUGGAUGUCAAUGCCCCUAGCGCAGAUCGAGGAACAGCGCUAAUUUCAGCCGCCCACAAUGGCCACGCUGGGAUUAUACGGCUACUGUUUGAGUUGGGUGUCCCGACCGGAGAUACCUACGAGAUGAGCAACGCCAUUAUGGUGGCUGCAAGCAAGGGACACAUUGAAGUUGUCAGGCUCCUAGUUGAAAUGGGUGCUGUCACAGACGAUUGUAGCACCAUUUCAACAUAUCCCUGCUGCACACCCUUAGAGGCCGCAGCUGUGAAGGGCAAUCUGGACAUGGUUCGUCUGCUAGUUGAUCUGGGUGCGGAUGUGAAUUUCAUGAACGACAAAGAGUACGGAACACCCCUCAUUGCAGCUUGCCGCGGAGAAAAGUCAAGUAUUCCUAUUGUAGAGUUCUUGCUCGAACCAGGGGCAGAUAUCAAUGCCUCAGCGGACUCUGACAAUGUCGCUUUCUGCGCACUCGGGGGUGCCUUGGAAUCCGAGAAUUAUGACCUUUGUGUCAUCCUCCUCAACCGAGGUGCGGACGUCAAUAUUGUCAAUGGUUGCUAUCCUACACCUCUUCUCAUGGCAGUUGUGCUAGAGGAUGAUAGAUUUAUGAAUCUACUUUUCGAUCACGGCGCAGAUGUUAAUCUUGCCAUCGAGCCUCGUGAAAAUCAAGAUGAGGAUGAAAACGAGGAUGAGGAUGAUGAGGAUGAAGAUGGUGAGGAUACCGGUGGCGAUUUCAUCACCGCACUGCAGUGCGCGGUAGAGGAGGGAUCCAAUGAGGUAGUUCAAAACUUAAUUCUAAGAGGCGCUCAUCUUUCAGUGGACAUUGAAAAUGCCAUGUUCUGCUCUGCGCUACAAGCUGCAUCUUUCGUGGGGGACGUGGAUAAAAUUCGGAUCUUAAUCGACGCGGGGAGUGAUAUUAAUCAAGUGGGUGGUUUGUAUGGCACAAGCCUACAGGCCGCGGCAUCCCAAGGAAACCAGGAAGCGAUAGAGGCGUUGAUUGAGGCUGGUGCAGAUAUCCAUGUCUGUGGAAUUGGCAAAUAUGGCAGUGCAUUGAUGGCGGCGAUUGAAGGUGGUGGCUACGACGAAGUUAUCCAGUUACUGGUUGAUCGAGGAAUUGACAUCAAUUGCCCUGUUGGUCCACCCUUCGAAUAUCCGCUCACGGCAGCUGCCACUCAUGAAUGGAACGACACUUUCCAGAUUUUGAUUGAUGCUGGCGCCAAUGUGAAUAGCAUAGGGGGUAUGUACGCCACUGCUCUACAAGCAGCGGCUGCUAAAGGCAAUGAAGAAAUCGUUCGUGUAUUGCUUGAGCAUGGAGCAGAACCUAAUAUUGUCGGUGGUAAGUUCGGAACAGCGCUCCAGGCUGCAUAUGCAAGCGGAUAUUACCUUGUGAUAUCUGAUCUUCUGAACGCUGGCGCAUCAGUUCAUCUUGGGGGCGGACAAUAUGGAGGCUCUUUGGGCGCGGCCCUUGAGAAUUCCUGUGCAACAUUGGUGUCAUCCCUCCUUCGACAUCACGGUGCUGACCCAAAUGCUUCGGUUCGAAAGUAUGGGACACCACUUCAACAAUGCUUAAGGUGGAGACCAGAUGAUUCCGUAUUCGAGAUCCUGCUUGAUGUGGGAGCGGAUGUGAACGCUCAAGGCGGAGUUUAUGGAAAUGCGCUUAUAUGUGCUGUUUUAUACGCACACAAUAAGGUUUCGGCGUUGUUGGAUGCUGGUGCCGAUGUCAACCUGAAAGGAAAUGCGAAGUAUCCUACCGCAGUUCAUGCCGCAGCUAAGACGGGGCAACUAUCAAUUCUUCGUCUCUUGGUCGAAAAUGGGGCUCACCUGGAAACAUCAGAUGGAGUUUCUAGCUCACCGGUGGAAUACGCUUCAUCGACGAGUGAUAACUUCUCGGUAUUUUCUUACCUGCUGAAACGAGGAGCAACUAUCGGGCCUACUGGCAAAGGAAAGUACCACAACGCACUGCAGGCCGCUAGUCUUACUGGAAAUAUGGCGAUUGUGAAGGGUCUUCUUCGUCGCGGGUUGGACAUCAACACGACCGGUGGAAAGUUUGGCACGGCAUUGACAGCUGCUAUUGUGUCGAACAAUCUUGAUAUUGCAAGGUUCCUUCUAAGAAAAGGAAUUGAUUCAAAUGCUACAGGUGGUAUAUAUUCCGGUGCAUUGCAAGCGGCAGCUGCCAGCGGAUCGAUUGAUGGCGUUCGCCUUCUACUGAGAUAUGGUGCCGAUAUCCACAAAACCGGAGGAAAAUACUUCACUGUUUUACAGGCUGCUUCUGUGUCUGAAGGCUGUGAAGUGCUUGCGCUUCUUCUGGAACAAGGCGCCGAGGUGGAUUCUUUUGGUGGAUACUGUCAUUCAGCCCUACAUGCUGCCGCACUGUAUGGCCGAGCCAUGUCCUGCGAGCUCCUGAUGAAGCACGGGGCACACUGGAGCUUAGUCGACCGCAAGUCGAGUCAUUUGGCUGAGUGGAGACUUGAUGAUGCCUGUGAGCUUCUGCAAACCUGCUGGGAGCAACAAGAGAGGGGUUGGCCGAAAGAAGAAUCUGAGAGUGGGGAGUCGUCAGAUGUUGGAGGCGAUGAAACCGAUGAGGAGGAAGAGGAUGAAAGUGAGGAUGACAGUGAGGAGGGGGAGGAGGAGGAAGAAGAGGAGGAUGAAACGUCAUCUAGCGAUGAUGACGAUGAAGAGGAUAAUGCAUGGAAGGCAAACGUGGAGGAAAUCCCUCAGUUUGAUCUCCCUUAUCGCCCCUUGGCAACUUCUAAAGGUUGCGCAACUAGAGAGGCGAGUGGAUAA